AGUAUUUAACUUUCUAAAAAAUAAAAAAUAUAGACAAGUUCCUCCACGGUCACCCUGGACAGACACUGAUGAGAAGAGAUUGCAGGAUACCGUAGAAUAGAUAUGGAGAACAAAAUCCUGCCAGAUCGCAUAGGAAAAAACUUGUGGAUUGAAUAAGUCAAAAAGUGUUGCAAUUGUUUCUUACCUUUACGCAGGAUUUUUCCCGUGCUAACCCCACAUAAACUAUGCAGGGUCCUGUCAGUGCUGGCAGUAUAAAAAUCCUGCGUAAAGGUAAGAACCAUCCCCAGAUAUUUUAAUACCGAUAAGCCGCAGGAUCCUACGCAAAAUCCUGCGGGAUCCCGCAUGAAUUCUGAUUAUUUUUUUCAGUGGGUAUAGGAGAAAUAAAAAAAGAACUUUUGAUAUUUAACAACAUAAAAUUAUAUUGUUAACUCCGUUUUUAGUCACACUUGAGACAUCUUUUAAUUUGAUCGAAUCCCAAUUAACAUUAUAAAGAUCUUGGUUUUGCAUAGCUACACUGGAAUUUGUCUGAAGUGUAAUUCAUUACUUUGUUUCUAUUUAGGUCCAAGUUGUGAUGUGCUUGGCACAUUGAUAAUUUGUGAAUAUUGCAAUUGUGCGAAAUGUACUUUUUGUAAUGAGAAACACUUGUCUGAUAUACGAACAGCGACCAAAACCGCGUUAAAUUUAUUAGAAAAUACCGAUCAAGAAAAACUAAAAGAAUCAAUUCAAAGUGCUUACAAACAUGUUCGUAAUGAGAUCUGCCAACAAUUUCAAAAUAUUAGACAACAAUUUGAUUCUCUCUUAUUACAUAAACAAAGAGAAAUAUUAAAUAAACUUGAACAAAAUGAACACACACAACUACAACAAGUUCAGCAAGACAUAACACCGUUAGAAACCACAAAAUUUGGAUUGAGUAGACAAAUCAAUACACUUGACACCAAAAGUGAAUUAGAACUGUUAACUCUUCUGAAUACAUCAAGAGAUUUACAAAAAAAAUUAGAACAAAAACUAAUCAAUCAUCAAGCAAAAGCAAAUCAGGUGGAAAUAUCGUUGAAAUUUGAUCAAGAUCUUCUUGUUCAUUUGAAUCAUUUAUGCAACAAUUUUCAGUUAAAUAUCACAGAUGGGGCUUCAUCACCUUCUACAUCGGAUCUAUCAUCUUCAGCAGAGGAGUUACGACAUAGUCUUCAACGAAUUAGUUCAGAUAAUUCUAAAAUAUUUACAUUACGGACGUUUUUAGGACGAGAAUUUAAAGUAAAAGGUUAUUUAACUGAUUCACUAUCAAAAUUAAAACAAACACUUGGAAAACAAGAAGGUAUUGAUCCUGUACGUGUAACACUAUCGAAAAGUGGUAAUUUUUUCGAAGAAUUAGACGAUAACAAAUUGUUGAAAGAUUAUAAUUGUGAUGAAACGACGGUUUUAAUGCGUUCACUAUUAAAACGGAAGAUGAAUACACACAGUUCAACGAUCUUCACAGAUCAAGAAAGUUCCAAUGUCAACUACGAGGAUUCAUUACAACUUCAGUAUCCAACGUGGUGCAAUUACACGACAAGAUCAAAUUCUCCAUGUUAUUUUGCAUCAACAGAGACCACAUCGCCACCUUCAGCAUGCCACUUUUCUAGUGAUAAAACGCAUUGUGCUACUAUUGAUUCAACAGAAACAUCUUAUUAUUCGUCACCAUUACAAUCAUUGGAAAAUCAUUCAUUUGCACUACCAGAUUCUUUUUCUUCUCCACUACCCUAUCAUCAACAUCUACAACAUCCAACAUCUACAACAUUUUUACAUUCAUUUUCAACUAUACCACCAUCACGUCCUUGUUUAUUUUCACCUGAAAUGUAUUCCGUACCAUCCAUACCAAUUGGUGAUGCUUUUCCAUCAUCCUCAUCACAAAUUAAUCGUGCCAAUUAUACUCGUCAUCAAUUAAUUAUGCUCAGUGAAAUUUAUAAACGUUUUCGUUAUCCAAAUAGUUUACAAAAAACGGUCAUUGCUCAUCACGUUGGUGUUAGCCGAGAUCAAAUUCGUAUUUGGUUUCAAAAUAAACGUCGAAAAGAACAAUUAAUACAAAAAGGCUUAGCUAAACGAACAAAAUCUGAUCAAGAUUGUGAAGCAGGAGAUUAUAGACGACGAUUACCUGAUAAUUUUUUACAAACAAUAUUUGAUGAAUUACAUUUACAUCGAGCAGCGCCAGCUCGAUUACCAAUUAAACGAACAACAACAACAACAAAACAUCAAGAAAAUUUAUGUUUGUCAACUGAACAAUUUGGUUUCAAUCCAUCAAUAACAACAGACUAUUUUACAAAACCAAAUAUGACAAUGGCAUUUUAUGAUACAUUAUAG